GUCUUGCAGCUGCCGGGCUGCUUCCUCACUACGCAGCCAAAAUUACUAGAAGCGUCCUCGAGAUUCCUCGAGCUUCUCUAAUGGCGACCGCCUCCUCCUCAAUCCCUCAGCCGAGACUGCCGGCCGCCACCGAAACGGUGCGAAGGAAUCGGAUCCUCUCCAGCAAGCUCUACUUCGACGUCCCUCUCGCUAAGGUCCCUGUGAUCUACUCGCCUUCUUACGACAUCGCGUUUCUGGGAAUCGAGAAACUGCACCCUUUUGACUCCUCGAAAUGGGGUCGCAUAUGCCAAUUUCUGAUUAAAGAAGGUGUUUUGGAUAAGAAUCGGAUAGUAGAGCCGUUGGAAGCUUUGAAAGAUGACUUGCUAGUGGUUCAUAGUGAAUCAUAUUUGGCCAGUCUCAAGAGCAGUUUGAACGUUUCUAUUAUUGUAGAGGUUCCUCCUGUUGCAUUCCUUCCGAACUGGCUUGUACAGAAAAAGGUGCUUUACCCAUUCCGUAAACAGGUUGGGGGUUCCAUCUUGGCAGCAAAGCUUGCCAAAGAACGAGGAUGGGCCAUUAAUGUGGGUGGUGGUUUCCACCAUUGUUCAGCAGAGAAAGGUGGUGGAUUCUGUGUUUAUGCUGAUAUUACUCUCUGCAUUCAGUAUGCUUUUGUUCGUCUAAAUAUAUCUAGGGUAAUGAUUAUUGACCUUGAUGCUCACCAAGGGAAUGGUUAUGAAAUCGACUUUUCUAAUGACAGUAGAGUUUACGUACUGGAUAUGUACAAUUCUCAAAUAUAUCCUUUUGAUUAUGAAGCCAAGAGAUACAUUGAUCACAAGGUAGAACUAGUGAGUGGGACCAAGACAAAGGAAUAUCUGGAGGAAUUAGAUAAAGCACUUGAGGUUGCAAGAAACAAUUUUGAUCCUCAGCUAGUGAUAUACAAUGCUGGCACUGAUAUUCUUGAUGGAGAUCCCUUGGGCAGAUUGAAGAUCAGUCCUGAAGGAGUAGCCAUCAGGGAUGAGAAAGUUUUUAGAUUCGCCAGAGAAAAAGAUAUACCUCUUCUGAUGCUAACAUCAGGUGGCUAUAUGAAAACAAGCGCGAGAGUAAUUGCGGAUUCAAUCACAAACCUCUCAAAGAAAAGGCUGAUAGAUAUGGAGGUUCUCCAGAGUAGAAAAUGAUGAUAUUCGUAUAUAUUCCACUUGUAUAUUUUACAUCCAGUUGUGUGUAAACAUGUACAUAUUUUACAGUGGUGGUAACACAUCUUUAACUGUUCAUCUGUAAAUGUGGCUGUAAAAUAUGAUGAAAUAGUAAAUGGGGCGGUGUCUUUGGUAAGAGUUUUAGUUGUUGGCACUGUAAGGAAUGUAUGAGAGAAUAAAAAAAAUAGUUGCAGUCUACAAAUGUUCUUUUAUUGACUA